GGGACACUGUCCCUUUCCGAAUCCCUCUGUCGCACUUGAUCCCAGUCGAAAUUAUCUAACGAUAGGUACGGGUCAACUUGGUCAAAUAGAGGAAUCAAUCAAAAAUAAUCGCUGUUAGUAGUGCUUACUCAUAGUUUGAAGUAUGGUAAAGUGAACAUUGGGAUAUUCUUGGAUUUUUUUUCUUUACGUCGACCGUUGAGGGGGUAGGCUACUCGUGGAGUUAAAAGGCGGACCACUUGUGUUUUCCCUGGUUCUGUCAGAUGAACAAGUCGUAAGAAGUCGAUACCACUCGCGCAUUUUUCCAGCUGACAUCUUUGUGUUAGCAAAGGAAAGCUCCCCCCUGUCAUGGCUGCUCCAUCCUUCCUCCUCCUCUUCCCCCUGGGUUUGCUGUCUGCUGUGAGAUCAGCCUCACUGAUGGACCCUGGCUCUAUGACGUCAUCAGAUCCCUCCGUCCAGGCUCCUCAUUUGACUGGGUGUAAGUCCAGGGAACAGGAGACGUUUAGGUGUUGGUGGAGUCCCGGAAGCUUCCAGAAUCUCACGGAACCCGGAGCACUGCAAAUCCAGUACUGGAAGAAGAAUGACUUGACGAAGGAAUGGAAGGAGUGCCCUGACUACUCCUCCUCUGUGAAGAACGAGUGUUUCUUCAAUAAGAACAACACGGUUAUCUGGAUCAAAUACUGUGUGCGGCUCCACUCUGAAAGCCAGAACAAAACCUACGAUACCUUGUGCUUCGAAUUGCAGGACAUUGUGCACCCUGACCCGCCAGUGGCUCUGAAUUGGACGCUGCUGAACAUCAGCCGGUCGGGCCUGAACUAUGACAUCAUGGCGAGCUGGGAACCCCCGCCCUCGGCCGACGUAUCCGUUGGAUGGUUGACACUGGUGUAUGAAGUCCAGUACAGGAGGAGGAACAGCUCACACUGGAAAGUGUUGGAGCAUGAGUUUGGCACCCAGCAGUCUAUCUACGGCCUUCAGACAGGAGAGGCGUACGAGGUGCGUGUGCACUGUGCAAUGAGAGCCUUCAAUCACUUUGGGGAGUUCAGUGAUGUCAUCUUUGUCCACGUGCCAGAGAUUCCCAAUAAAGAGUCAACGUUCCCUGUGACUCUGGUCCUGAUCUUCGGGGCUGUGGGCGUGGCCAUUCUCCUCAUGCUCAUCAUCUUCUCUCAGCAGCAGAGAUUGAUGGUGAUUCUGCUGCCUCCUGUCCCUGCACCCAAAAUCAAAGGGAUAGAUCCAGCAUUGCUUAAGAACGGAAAGCUGGACGAGCUGAACUUCAUCCUGAGUGGAGCUGGUAUGGGGGCUCUCCACUCCUACCCCCCGGACCUGUACCAGGACGUGCCCUGGGUGGAGUUCAUCGAGCUGGACGCAGACGAGCCUGAGCCUGGGGAGAAGGACAACCAGAGCUCAGACUCACAGAGACUGCUGGGUCACAACAACCACCACACAAACCAUGGCUGCUUUCAUGGCCUCAGUAUCCCUGAUGAUGACUCUGGCCGGGCCAGCUCCUAUGAUCCAGAGCUGCCUGACCAGGAGACCCUGAUGUUAAUGGCUGCCCUCCUGUCCUGCCAACCCAACAAAGUUGAGCCAUGCUUGGGGAACUGUAGCCACUCAAGCACCCCAUCCCUAGAUGUGCUGGAGGUCCCAUGCCCCGGGCUCCAGGCUCCAGACUUACCUCCAGAGGGAGGGGAGAGGCACCUGGUCCAGACCCAGCUGGGAGGCCCUCAGAGCUGGGUUAACAUGGACUUCUAUGCCCAGGUCAGCGAUGUGACGCCCACCGGAGGGGUGGUGCUCUCGCCAGGCCAGCAGGUCGGAGCCCCGGAGAACACUCCAACAACAAAGAAGGAUAAGAAGGGAAAAAUGGAGGGAGGAGAGGAGGAGAGUGAGGAAGAGGAGGAGAGGAGAACAAACAAGCUGAAGUUUCAGCUGCUGGUGGUUGCUCCUGAGGCAGGGGGCUACACGACAGAGAGCAGUGGCCGGCAGAUGAGCACCCCUGACCCCUCCUCACCUGGUGAGGUCUACCACACCUUCCCCCCACCUUCUGCCGAGAGCAAGCCCCACCAGGAGGCCUAUCUUCCUGCUACCACCCUCCUAGGGGACUACCAGUCCCCCUACAUCCUUCCUGACUCCCCCCCUGCUCAGUUCCUCCCCCCUGUUUCGGACUACACUGUGGUUCAGGAUGUUGAUUUCCAGCACAGCCUUCUCCUCAACCCCCCUUCCCCCCAGAGGUCCCCUACCUGUUCCCCACAACCUCCCUCCAAGCCCCUGCCCGUCAUGCCCAUAGGGUACCUCACCCCAGACCUGUUGGGCAACCUCUCGCCUUAAGAAAAACUACACCGCCCAGGAGGCCUUGGGGCGUAGAGGUUGGAGGCCACUUGUCAUGAAGUCAAUAAUCAUCACAGACAGCCUUGUUCUACUUGAUCAAUGCUGGAAGCCAAAUAUCUCACGGGACAGACUCGACAACAAGCAUGGUCGUUUGUUUGAGAGUUUGCUUGAAGGGAAGCUGAGGAAGAGAAAUAUUUAGUUGUUGUGUUUGGCUUUUAUGAGUGACUGGAACUUGAGGAAAGAGCUUCUGUAAAAUUGGCCUUUCUGGUUUGACAGAGCUUAAAGUAAUACGUGAACAAAUCUUACGGUGUUCUUUCUGACUGAGACACAAAAAAAAAACACAGUCUGAAACCUUGAAAUGCACGGUUCUCUAAUAUACACACAGAUACACUUAUGCACCAUACAUACACAGACAGACAAGCUCAGACAUGGUUCUAGUUCUAUGUUACCUGAUACUUCAAUAUAUCUGUUGUUUGACUGAUGAGGUGCAUUGUAAACAUUUGCCUUGCAGACACACCUAGUCCCACCAUAAUGUAUAAAUAUCUACGUUUAACAUAUACAUAUUUAAUACUCUAGCUUGUUGGUUUAAGUCUUCAUUUGACUGUAGAUGGGUCCAAUAACAACAUGUCUGGGAGAAUAACAAGCACAUCUACUUGCCAUUUAUACAAACACACCAACUUUAACAUCAUCAUUAUGGCCUCAUUAAUUGACAGAACACUUGAGUGUGCUGUUUGUCAAACUUAGCGCUACAGCGAGCAGUGACUAUUAGUAACUAUGGUCGUUCAUUUUGCGCUCUCAUUAUUUUGCUUAAUGGCAUGUUUUCAUGCUUAUAUUUCUCUUGCAUCCUUUUUGCGGCAGAGUCAUCUAAUUAUUACCAGACUGAGGUCAGUUUUUAACACGGCAAUUAGACGACCUGUCUGCACUCACUGUGACAACUCAGACACCGGUCACUAUAAUAAACAGAGGACAAGAAAACCCGUAACACCAAGCAGAUUUCACGUACAGCAUAGACUUAAUUCUCACAAUAUAGGAAAGACUGCUUUUAUAUGUUCUACUUUCUGACUUUGCAUUAAUUGUAAAUGCAGGGACAAUAGAGCUCCACAGUGGAGGUGUCAUAAUAACCAUAAAACCUAGUGGUCAAACAGGGAAAUAGUUCCAAUCAUUCAUUUUCCACCAUAGGGGAUUUUUAGAAACACUUAAAAUAAGGGUUGUGUUUGGUGUAGGCUUACCCUGGCUUGGCGUUUUGAUAACCGUGUAAAUCUCUCACGGACAAGGUGACUUUAUCAAUAUAUUCAGAUCUAUUUACGCUCAGAAUCGAAAAAUGCUCAUUUAUGUCAAAGUAGACAUGCAAAACUACAAAUCCCUGCAAGCUCCUGCACGUCGUCUCCAGCUGACACCUUUGCUAACGGAUAUUGUGUCAAUUAAAAAUUUGCACAAGACAGUUCAUAGAAUUCUCUGUUUAAAGAAAUGUUGCCAAUAUAUUCAUUACUACAUUUAGCUAACAAUGGUUCAUCCAGAGAUUCUCACCUUUGCCUAGAUUUGGCAGUCUUGUCCAGAUUGUCAUGGCAUUUGUAGUUCUUUAUGAUAGUGAUAUUAGCAUGAAUUAGCAUUUCGUUUUUGUGCAGGUAAAUACAGGUGAAUAUAUUGAUAAGACACCUUGUCCUUGAGAGAUUUAUACGGUUGUCAAAACGUCAUGCCAGGGUAAGCCUACACGAAACACAGCCCUUAGUUUACCUAUUUCUAAAAUCCACUAAGGGAAAGAUUUAUGGUGGGAAAAUGAUUGGAAUCAUUUCCCUGUUUGACCACUAGGUGUUAUGGGUAUUAUGACUCAUACUGUGGUACUACUCUAUGACUGGAAAUGUGAAAAGGGGUAGUUAUAAUAUUUUUAUGUUUCUAAAUGUAAUGCCAAUGUUAAUGUGCUCUUGCUUGCACUUUGUAAUGAUAGUAAAAUUAGCUCCUUUUGAUGUAGUGAAAUAUGUACUUAGAAGCUCAGAGCUUUCUAUACGCCCACAACCUUACAAACAUACCCAGGCACGCACACACACAGAAGGGGAAAGUAUAGUAUCCACUCUUCUUUUGAGCUGACAUACACACACACUGUCGUAAAGGACAACAACUGGCUGUGAACGGGAAAUGUAACAUUAAAACAAAGAACACAUUAUCAUAUUUGAUUCAUCUGCAUUAGUAAUUCCAGGUGAAUGCUAUGAUCCCUUACUGAUGUCACUUGUUUCAUCCACUUCAAUCAGUGUAGAUGAAAGGGAGUUAACAGGUUAAAUAAGGAUUUGUAAGCCUUGAGACAAUUCAGACAUGGAUUGUGUAUGUGUGCCAUUCAGAGGGUGAAUGGGCAAGACAAAAGAUUUAGGUGCCAUUGAACGGGGUAUGGUAGUAGGUGCCAGGCGCAUUGGUUUGUGUCAAGAGCUGCAACGCUGCUGGGUUUUUCACCCUCAACAGUUUCCUGUGUGUAUCCAGAAUGGUCCACCACCCAAAGUAUAUCCAGCCAACUUGACAUAACUGUGGGAAGCAUUGGAGUCAACAUGGGCCAGCAUCCCCGUGGAAUGCUUUGGACACCCUGUAGAGUCCAUUCCCUGACAAAUUGAGGCUGUUCUAAGGGUAAAAGGAGAGGGGGGGAUGCAACUCAAUAUUAUGGAGGUGUUCCUAAUGUUUGGUAAACUCAGUGUACAUGUAUCAUCACUCAAUUUGCUUAAAGUCUGUAUUUUGCAUUAGUAUGUAAUGUUUCCAUGUAUUGUGAUUGUUGUUUAUACUUCAUGCUUUUUGUUGUUUUGUUUUAGUUUUCUACCUUAUGCGCAUUGAGCGUGGAAAAUGCACACUACAAAUGAAAUAUUAUUAUCAUCAUCAGAAAGAUUAUCUUGAUCCACAGAGAACCAUCAGCUCCAGAGGAUAUGUGAGGAGCUGUCCCACUGAACCAAAACUGGCUGAAUCAACAUUGUUUCCACGUCAUUUCAACAAACAAAUUCAAUGUGAUUACUUUGAGUCAGUGUGGAAAACUGAUUGGAUUUGCGAAGUUUCUUUGUGUAACUGGGAUCCAUUCAGCCUGUGCAAACUGCAUCAUAAGGACUAAAAGCCUCUCUGUAAGUGCAGGAAAUCUGUGAUUAUUUUGUGUUCACUACAGGAACUCUUGAACUUGACGAAUCGCAUGGCUUUAUCACAAAUACAACAGCAUAGAAUAAGCUAUUUUAGAUCGAAGCUGUGACACAGCCCUUGCCAAUCAAACCUUAAGACCAGGUUUCUGAGGUAAAUAUGAAACAUAUAUUGUGCCGGCACAGCAAGAAUGUUCACUUGUGGAUUCAUCUAUUUAACAAUUAAUGAAUGAUAACUGUUUUUAGACGCAUGCUAUCGUUCACAACCUGUGCAAAUGUGCCAUUCUCUGUCAUGCUUAUUCUCUCUCUCUUUUUCUCUCUUUCUCUCUCUGCUACCAGCAUGUAAACAUUGAAAAAUAAAUGUCUUAAUAUAUCUCUACUAGUGCUGUAACAACUACUGUAUUAUGUAUGUUGUAUUUUGUCUUGUUACUAGUCAGAAAUAUUGCUGCUCGGCACGUUCCCUGUCUGCAUUCAGCCUUGCCACGGGCUUAUUCAGGCGGGUGUAACUUCAUAGAAGGUUGAAAUAGAAAUGCAUUAUCAUAGAACAGACAUUGUUCUAUGUUGUGUAGUAGAAUAUGAAAGCAUUGGAGUCAGCUCUAUUCAUUGCAUUUCUAUAUGCAACAUUCUACAACUUUGCAAUUAACUGAAUAAGCCAGAGGUGCCUAUGUGUAUGUACACUAUAAGGAAAGCUCUAUCAGAUUAUUUAGACAAGUACUGCUAAGGUUUAGUCUGUUGGACGUUGGUAAAUGUUUGUAUAGUGGAAUGUGCAAUGCGACAUGGACGUGGUUUGUAGCAUCCAAGGUUGCUAUACCCAAGGUGUAACACUUUACCUUACACCCAGAGUCAUAACACAUUAUGACACGGUCAUAACCUGUCAUAACAUGGUCAUAUCGCUGUCAUGACCCAUAUAUUUACACCUGUUGUGACAUAUUAUGCAUUAUGUUGUGGCUGGUUCUGACACCUACAUAAGUGUCAAAACCCACAUUUAUUCAAAUUAGUUUUUUCCAUGCCAAAUAGUUUCCUUUCUUUGAAAGUUUGAAUCUUCAAUAAUUUUUUGUUGUUGCAAUGAAUUCUUUACAGUAAUGUUUUUUUUAUCAGAUUUGAAUGAACUUGUAGAAAAGACACUUUAUGACACUGUCAUGAAGCAUUAUGACCAUCAUAAUCAUAUAAGCCUCGUACAUGUCCUAAUGUCAGAUACCAGUCAAAAAGAGAGUGUCUUGUUCGCCUCCUGCGUUGGAGGUAGGUAAUACUGUGGACUCGUAGGCUGUGGUGUAAUGGAAUGUUUUGCCUUGUGUGGUACAGUAGGUUUUGUGGGUUUUGACAUUCUUAUGUAGGUGUCAUAACCAGCCAUAAAAUAACGCAAUAUAUGUCACAAUGGGUCUAAAUAUAUGUGUCAUGACAGCGUUAUGACACAUAUAACAUGUUAUGACGCUGGGUGUCAAGUAAAGUGUUACCAUUCAAGGUUACCAGACAUUUGUUUACCAUUUGUGUCAGUAAUUUUGCCAAUGUACCUUAUGUUAAAUUGAAUACUAAUGUGUCAAUAUUAGCUCAAUUAUGUGUGCUUUGGAAUAUUAGACACUGUAUGAAUUCGGCUGUUACAUAUACAUAUUUUGUAUUUCAGACGAAGUCAAGUCUGUGAAUUAGUCUGUGAAUUAGUCUGUGAAUUAGUCUGUGAAUUAGUCUGUGAAUUAUCUAUCAUGAAUGCAUAGCAAAGUCUGUUUUAAAAUUGUAUAAGAAUUGAAGAUGGAGACACCUAUUGCCUUGAUAUUCACUACAAAGAUAAGAUAUUGUGUGUUUUGAUCCAUCAGCCAAUAAGAAGCUUUCCUACAGAGUAUUUUGUAUAUGGUGAUACAGUAUAGAUAUUGUAGCACAAGUAUUAUUUCAAGAUAUAAGCCAAUAUCUUAGUCUGAUCGUGCUGGAACUAAACUCUAUAUUGUUUUUGGUUUUUGUACAAUCCCAUGUCAUCUGUGUCAAAGGGUUGUCGUCAGUGUUUCAUACGCUGACAAUUAAAGAGCGAAAUGAGCAGGAGGGUACUACAGAUAUGAGUUAUAGUUGUUUUUAAAUCGUCACGAAGCGUCUGCAUCAGCAGACCAGAGCAUCGACGCUACAGGCUCAGGUUAUGUUUGUUUGUUUGUUAUUUUUAGGCUGAAAGUGUUGAGUUCUGGGAUUUAUUUUGGAGUUGAUUGGCUAUACACCCAGCCUGAUGAAAUUUGACAGGGUCUGGUUCGAGGGGUUUCUGAAGUUCUGCUGCAUUUCUUUCUUUCCUGUUGUUUUCUGUUCAAUAUCUUUCAAAAAGAUUCACAAUAAAUAUAUAUCUUUGUCGGUUA